AUGGGCUUACAUUUCAAGUGGCCAUUAGGGGCUCGUAUGCUGGCAGCACUAUAUGCAAUGAGUAUGGUUUUAAAAAUGCUGCCUGCCUUGGGCAUGGCUUGUCCACCAAAAUGUCGCUGUGAGAAGCUGCUCUUUUACUGUGACUCUCAGGGGUUUCACUCAGUGCCAAACACCACUGAAAAGGGCUCGCUAGGUUUGUCACUGAGGCACAAUUAUAUUUCUGAACUUGAAAGGGAUCAAUUUGCAAGCUUCAGUCAACUUACUUGGCUUCACUUAGAUCAUAAUCAAAUUGCAACAGUCAGAGAAGAUUCUUUUCAAGGACUGUAUAAACUUAAGGAAUUAGUCUUAAGUUCCAACAAAAUCUUUCAUUUGCCAAACACAACUUUUAGCCAGCUGCUUAACCUGCAGAAUUUGGACCUCUCUUUUAAUCAGUUAUCCUCUCUGCACCCCGAGCUCUUCUAUGGUCUUCGCAAGCUACAGACCUUGCACUUACGUUCCAACUCCCUGCGGACCAUCCCAGUCCGCCUGUUCUGGGACUGUCGUAGCCUGGAGUUCCUGGAUUUGAGCACAAACCGCUUGCGAAGUUUGGCUCGCAACGGAUUUGCGGGAUUAAUCAAGCUGAGGGAGCUUCACCUAGAGCACAACCAGCUGACAAAGAUUAAUUUUGCUCACUUCCUCCGUCUGAGCAGCCUGCACACGCUCUUCUUGCAGUGGAACAAAAUUAGCAACUUGACAUGUGGGAUGGAGUGGACCUGGGGCACCUUAGAAAAGCUCGAUUUGACUGGAAACGAAAUCAAAGCCAUCGACCUAACAGUCUUUGAAACUAUGCCUAACCUUAAAACCCUCCUCAUGGAUAACAACAAGCUCACCACUCUGGAUUCCAAGAUCCUAAGGUCACUGACAUCCCUCACCACCGUGGGCCUCUCCGGCAAUCUGUGGGAAUGCAGCCCAAAGAUCUGCGCCUUGGCCACAUGGCUGAGUGGCUUCCAAGGUCGGUGGGAGCACUCCAUCCUGUGCCACAGCCCUGACCACACCCAGGGAGAGGAUAUUCUGGAUGCAGUGUAUGGUUUUCAGCUUUGCUGGAAUUUAUCGACUGUUGUUACGCCCCUGGCUACGACCGAGGCGGCUCCGACCACCGAGUACACAAAAAGAACCAGCUCUUCUCAUUUCCAUGUGGGAGACAAAGAGAUUCCAACUACAGCAGGCAUGGUCGUUACCACUGAAGAACCUUUCCCCGAGCCAAACAAUGCCAUCUUCACUCAGAGGGUAAUUACAGGAACAAUGGCUUUAUUGUUUUCUUUCUUUUUUAUCAUUUUUAUAGUGUUCAUCUCCAGGAAGUGCUGCCCUCCCACACUAAGAAGAAUUAGGCAGUGCUCAAUGAUUCAAAACCACAGGCAGCUCCGAUCCCAAACCCGGCUGCAUAUGGCAAAUAUGUCAGACCAAGGACCCUACAACGAAUACGAACCCACCCACGAAGGACCCUUCAUCAUCAUCAAUGGCUACGGACAGUGCAAGUGCCAGCAGCUGCCCUAUAAAGAAUGUGAAGUAUAA